GAAAGACUGAGAGAUGACAAUAAAUUAACGCUUUCUCCUCUCAGUGCUGCCGGCUGAUCUUCAGGAAUCUCUCUCUGGCUCUCAUGGAACAGAUCCAGCACAGACAUGUGCAAGUUAGAGGACUAAAGCUUCAUGUAGCUGAAAUUGGAAGAGGUCCAAAAGUGGUGCUGUUCUUGCAUGGAUUUCCAGAGAUAUGGUACACAUGGAGGCAUCAAAUGGUUGCUGUCGCAGACAAAGGCUACCGGGCGAUAUCCAUUGACUUCAGAGGCUUUGGGCUUUCCGAGCAGCCGGCUGAACCCGGAAAGGCAACCUGGAAAGACCUUGUUGACGAUGUCGUUGACCUUCUUGAUUCUGUGAGCAUUAACAAGGUUGUUCUUGUUGGGAAGGAUUUUGGAGCUCUGCCUGCAUACCUAACACCUGCUCUCCACCCAGAGCGUGUAGCCGGCAUGAUAACAGUAGGUGUUCCUUUCCUCAACCCGGCUAACUCUCCUGUCCGAUUUGAUCUCUUACCUGAAGGCUUCUACAUGUCAAGAUGGAAGGAGCCGGGGCGGGCAGAAGCAGAUUUUGGCCGCUUCGAUGUCAAGACCGUGAUACGAAACAUCUACAUUCUCUUCUCCGGGAGUGAGCUCCAAGUAGCCGCUCCUGAUCAAGAAAUCAUGGACUUGGUAGACCCUGCCACUCCUCUACCACCAUGGUUUUCGGAGGAAGAUCUUGCAGUCUAUGCAUCUCUAUAUGAGAACUCUGGAUUCCGUUAUCCCAUCCAAGUUACAUACCAAUCCAGAACUAAGGUCGUGGAUUACGGAUUAAGCAGCCAUCCAAAAGUGCCGGCUCCAUCACUGCUUAUCAUGGGUGAGAAGGACUACUUCCUGAAAUUUCCGGGAGUGGAGGACUACUUACGGACUGGAGCAGUGAAGCAUUUUGUCCCUGAUUUGGACAUUGCAUAUAUUGCAGAAGGGAGCCACUUUGUGCACGAACAAUUUCCUGAUCAAGUUAAUCAGCUCAUCAUCAGUUUCCUCGAAAAACAUGGUAUCUAAUGCAGAUGCUCAAUGUGCCUAAGAACAACAUUUAACUAGCAGAGGAAAUAUCGAAGCAUUACCUAAAAGGCGACGCCUUGCAUUACAUAUUUGGGAAUAAAGAAAAUGUAGCUCGGGUUCCUCUGUACUGCUAUCUCUACUUGAUUGAUUUGCUUAUUUGUUCUGGAAGUAUGCUCCCUUAAUUUUCCAGAGAAAA